AUGACGGGCAAAGCGGGCGCUGCGCUGGCUCCUUAGCCUGCCCGGUAAGCCAAGCCCGACGGCGCGGCCUCCGCCCCCGCUGCCCCUCCACCGCCUCCGCCGCCCCCCGCGGCGGGAGCCAAGCCCAGCUCCGGGCCCACCCCUCGCUGCACCGGCUUCGGCAUCCAGGAAAUCCUGGGCUUGAAUAAGGAGCCCCCGUCGCACCCUCGGGCCGCCCUGGACUCGCUGCCCGCUGGGCACCUGCUGGCGGCCCGCUCCGUGCUCAGUCCCGCUGGGGUGGGCGGUGUGGGCAUGGGGCUGCUGGGGGCCGGCGGGAUCCCUGGCUUCUACACCCAGCCCACCUUCCUGGAGGUGCUCUCCGACCCCCAGAGCGUCAACCUGCAGCCCCUGGCUCGGGCCCCGGGCAGUUGGACAGCAGCCAGACGGGCCAGCUCAGACUCUGAGGAUGUCUCCUCCAGCGACCGGAAAAUGUCCAAUCCCCUAAACCAGAGCAAGAAACGAAAGAAGAGGCGGCACAGGACAAUCUUCACAUCCUACCAACUGGAGGAGCUGGAAAAGGCCUUCAAUGAGGCCCACUAUCCUGACGUAUAUGCUAGAGAGAUGUUGGCCAUGAAAACAGAGUUGCCAGAAGACAGGAUACAGGUUUGGUUCCAGAACCGCCGGGCCAAAUGGCGGAAGAGGGAGAAAUGCUGGGGCAGGAGCAGCGUGAUGGCUGAGUAUGGGCUCUACGGCGCCAUGGUGCGUCACUCCAUCCCACUGCCUGAGUCCAUCCUCAAGUCUGCCAAGGAUGGCAUCAUGGAGUCCUGUGCCCCUUGGCUCCUGGGGAUGCACAAAAAGUCUCUGGAGGCAGCGGCUGAGGCGGGGAGGAAGACGGAGGUGGAGCGCCAGGCCCUGCCCAAGCUUGACAAAGGUGACAAGGAAGAGAGGGGCCCAGAUCCCAAAACCACAAUUUCCCAGGAGGAACUGAGAGAAAACAGCAUUGCUGCCCUCAGGGCCAAAGCUCAGGAGCACAGCACCAAAGUCCUGGGGACCAUUGCUGGGGACACCCCAGCCCCAGGCAGGAAGACGGAGACAGGAGAGGAGGCAGUGGAGGCAGAGGAUGAGAGACAGACAGAGAAGUCAAACUCAUUGCAGAAGGAGGAGAAGCUGAUUUAGACGAGGGGAAGAGGCGGCAGAAGCCCUCCCCAACAGACACUGUGUCCUC